CGGAUCCAAGGCAAGCAUGUCUCUGCAGAGGAUCGUGCGUGUGUCCCUGGAGCAUCCUACCAGCGCUGUGUGUGUGGCUGGCGUGGAGACCCUCGUGGACAUUUAUGGGUCAGUACCUGAGGGCACAGAGAUGUUCGAGAUCUAUGGAACCCCCGGCGUGGACAUCUACAUCUCAACCAGCAGGGAGAGAGCCCGAGAGCGCGCAGACACCAGGCGCUGGCACUUUGAUCAGGGCUCCGAGAUCAUCGUGGUCAUGAACUCUCCCAGCAAUGACCUCAAUGACAGUCAUGUUCAGAUUUCCUACCAUUCCAGCCACGAGCCCCUGCCCCUGGGCUACGCGGUGCUCUACCUCACCUGUGUGGAUAUCGCUCUGGAUUGUGACCUGAACUAUGCAGGCAGGCAGGAUAGGGGCUUCGUGGACAAGCGGCAGUGGGUCUGGGGACCUGAAGGGUAUGGAGCCAUCCUGCUGGUGAACUGUGACAGGGACAAUCUGAACUCUGAUAAGCAGGACAACUGUGAUCGGCACGUGCACUGCCUGCAAGACCUUGAAGACAUGUCUGUCAUGGUCCUACGGACCCAAGGCCCUGCUGCCCUCUUCGAUGACCAUAAGCUUGUCCUCCAUGCCUCCAGCUCUGAUGCCAAGCGGGCACGCGUCUUCCAUGCCUGUGGUCCUGAGGACUCGUGUGAGGCCUACAGGCACGUGCUGGGCCAGGACAAGCUGGCCUACGAGGUGCCCCGUUUCCAUGGCGAUGAGGAGCACUUCUUCGUGGAGGGCCUCUCCUUCCCCGACGCCGGCUUCUCGGGGCUCAUCUCCUUCCACGUCACCCUGCUGGACGACUCCAACGAGGAUUUCUCUGAAUCCCCCAUCUUCACGGACACUGUGGUGUUCCGCGUGGCGCCCUGGAUCAUGACGCCCAGCACCCUGCCGCCCCUGGAGGUAUACGUGUGCCGUGUGAAGAACAACACGGGUUUUGUGGAUGCGGUGGCGGAGCUGGCCAGGAGGGCUGGCUGCAAGCUGACCAUCUGCCCGCAGGACGAGAACCGCAAUGACCGCUGGAUUCAGGACGAGAUGGAGCUGGGCUAUGUCCAGGCACCGCACAAGACUUUCCCGGUGGUCUUUGACUCCCCAAGGAAUGGGAAACUGCAGAACUUCCCUUUCAAAAGGAUCCUGGGUCCAGAUUUCGGCUACGUGACUCGGGAGCCACGAGACAACUCUGUGAGUGGCCUGGACUCCUUUGGGAACCUGGAGGUCAGCCCACCGGUGGCGGCCAACGGAAAGGAGUACCCCCUGGGGAGGAUCCUCAUUGGGGGCCACCUGCCUGGGUCAAGGGGUCGUAGGGUCACCCCAGUGGUACGGAACUUCCUCCACGCGCAGAAGGUGCAGCCCCCCGUGGAGCUCUUUGUGGACUGGUUGUCCGUGGGCCACGUGGAUGAGUUUCUGAGCUUUGUCCCUGCCCCUGAUGGGAAGGGCUUCCGGAUGCUCCUGGCCAGCCCUAGCGCCUGCUUCAAGCUCUUCCAGGAAAAGCAGAAGUGGGGCCACGGCAGUGCUCUCCUGUUCCAAGGGGUUGCUGGCACUCAGAAGGUCAACACCAUCUCCCUCAACCAGGUCCUCUCCAGUGGAAGCCUCAUCAGCUAUAAUAAGUUUGUGCAGAGCUGUAUUGACUGGAACCGAGAGGUGCUGAAGCGGGAGCUGGGCCUGACCGAGGGCGACAUCAUUGACAUCCCCCAGCUCUUCAAGACUGAGAAGAGAAAGGCGGUGGCCUUCUUCCCUGACUUGGUGAACAUGCUGGUGCUGGGGAAGCACCUGGGCAUCCCCAAGCCCUUUGGGCCCAUCAUCAACGGCCGCUGCUGCCUGGAGGAGAAGGUGCGCUCCCUGCUGGAGCCGCUGGGCCUCCACUGCACCUUCAUCGACGACUUCACCCCAUACCACAUGCUGCACGGGGAGGUGCACUGUGGCACCAACGUGCGCCGGCAGCCCUUCUCCUUCAAGUGGUGGCACAUGGUGCCCUGAGCCCGUCCCCCCAGCAUCCUCUCCCCAUGGGGUGGGACACUGGCCUGGGUGGUGGACACUGAGACAGGCCCGUGAACAAUAAGUAUUGAGAGACCCCCACGCUUCCAGAUGCAACACCUGCUUGGAACAUCCCCAGGAAGUGUUCAUGCCUCACCUGUGACCCACUUGGUUCUCGGGCUUGAUUCCCCUUGACCUCCCAAGAAGCAGGACCUCAUUUCUUGUCUUUCAUGCGGAUGAAAGACACACACACGCAAAUCCUCUGUUUGGGACCUAAUUCACUUUGGGUUCUCGAAACAUCCGUGCAUCUCCUCUGCCCUCUUGGCAGGUAUGUCCAAAUGGAGGGAGGACCAGGAUCCUGCUUUGGUCUGAUUGCUUCUCACUCUGCAGGGGAACAAAUGCCUUAAAAUCUCAGAACAGGGGAGAUUUGGCCCCUAGCCUUACCCACAGGGAAGGAGUGGAAGUCCAUUCAGAUCAAGGCAGGACCAGCAUUCUAACUCCCAAGCUCGAUGUUGAACUCUAUCCCACUCGGCACACAAUAGGUGCUCCUAGAUGCAUGUUGAAGCAAGGGUCGUCACCCUUAGCCUUAGAAAUGCCUCAUCAUCUGACGUUCAGAAAUCUGGCUUAGUUCUAAAACCACCUGGGAUUUCUCAGAAAUGAAAAUUAUCUGGGGAAUUCCUGGAGUUUGGGCAAAUUGGGUGCAGGGGUGAAAAAUGUCUUUAAUAUAAUACAUAGGGUGCAUCAGUGGCCCAGGGCCUCUCUGCAGAAGGGGAGACCCCUGGUAAAAUCAGUCCUAGGCUUUCUCUGGACCCCUGGUCAAUGUUCCCAUAGCCUGCUCAGCCUCAGGAGAGGGGGGCCUAGUGGGGCUGGACCCACUGAGACCGCUCUUGAGACAGCUCUGGGAAUGAA